UUGCACACCGGCCAUCCCGAUAAUUCAGAUACCAAAAAAGCAAACCCAAAAAAGAGAGCUCACGGCGGGCUCCAAAUCCCUCUCAACAUGAACGAUGGGAUUGCAGAACGCGGUGAUCAAAAGUCGAGUCGCUGGAAAUCUGAAGAUGGGCUCGAAAAUACAAGGGACAAACGGAACGAUAGGUACCGGGAUAACGGCACCGGGAGACGCAGCAAUCGGUCCCGAUCUCGGGAACGGGGUGACCGACGCCGUUCAAGAACACCAGAUUCGAAAGACCGCCGGUCUCGCUCAAGGGAUCGAGAGAGAAGGAGAGAAAGAGACCGCGAUCGCGACCGCGGUAGCCGUAGGCAGAGGAGCGGGGAGCGAGAUGACAAGAGGCGGAAUCGGGGAGGUGGCGAGGGUAGGAGCGGCCGUCGAAGCCGGCGAAGCCCAGAUGGCAGGCCCCCGCGACGGGAAACUCGACUUGAAGGAGGGGAUCACACCAGGCCCGGCAAUGGACAGAGUCUCGUCAAACGUUCUGGCCCACUGCCUUCCCAGGAUGACUCCUUUGCUGUCAGCAAGGGCGAAGAACCAGAGAAGCCGGUGGAAAAACCUAACUUUGGGAACUCCGGUGUGCUCGCGGCAGCCUCCAACUCUGUGACGCAAGCUGACGGCACUACCAUCACGCUGAAGUACCACGAGCCACCGGAGGCGAGGAAGCCACCUCCGCGCGAUUCCUGGAAGUUGUUCAUUUUCAAGGGGCAAGACAUUGUUGACACAAUCGAGCUCGGCACCCGGAGUUGCUGGCUGGUUGGCAGAGACGUCACUAUCGUCGACCUCCCCGCCGAGCACCCGAGCCUCAGCAAACAGCACGCCGUCAUCCAGUUCCGGUACACGGAGAAACGCAAUGAGUUUGGCGACAAAAUUGGGCGGGUAAAACCGUACCUAAUCGACCUGGAGAGCGCAAACGGCACGAUGCUCAAUGGCGAAAAGGUUCCCGAAAGCCGAUACCUAGAACUGCGAAACAAGGACAUGGUUCAGUUUGGUUCAAGUACAAGAGAGUAUGUCCUCAUGCUUGCCCCCAAGGAAUGAGGGGGUGAUCAAAAACACACCACACGGUAUUUUCCCUAUCCGGGGAAGAACCCGCAACAACCAAGAUCCUGAUGUCUUGACGUCGGCACUCUGCUCCGCAUACCAUCACCUAUCACGGCUUCACGGGGCUUUUGCCACCGGCCUUUCCAACAGCUAUGCCGAUGCAGGCCGUAUGGUACCACACCGC